AUGGUCAACUCCUGUUGUGGCUCCGUCUGCUCUGACCAGGGCUGUGGCCAAGAUCUCUGCCAGGAGACUUGCUGCCACCCCAGCUGCUGCCAGACCACCUGCUGCAGGACCAACUGCUGCCGCCCUAGCUGCUGUGUGUCCAGCUGUUGCCACCCAGUCAGCUGCCAGACCACCUGCCGCCCCAGCUGCUGUGUGUCAAGCUGCUGCAGGCCCAGCUGCCGUGUAUCUAGCUGCUGCCGCCCUAGCUGCUCUGUGUCCAGCUGCUGCAGACCCCAGUGCUGCCAGCCCACCUGCUGCAUCUCCAGCUGUUGCGGCCCCUCCUGCUGUGGUUCUAGCUCCUGUGGCUCCAGCUGCUGCCAGACCACCUGCUGCAGGACCACCUCCUGCCGCCCCAGCUGCUGUGUGUCCAGCUGCUGCAGGCCCAGCUGCUGUGUGUCCAGCUGCUGCCGCCCUAGCUGCUCUGUGUCCAGCUGCUGCAGACCCCAGUGCUGCCAGCCAACCUGCUGCCAACCCACCUGCUGCAUCUCCAGCUGUUGCCGCCCCUCCUGCUGUGGUUCUAGCUCCUGUGGCUCCAGCUGCUGCCGCCCCUGCUGCUGCUUCCGCCCAGUCUCUGGCCAAGUCUCCUGCCACACCACUUGCUAUCGCCCAACCUGUGUCAUCUCCACCUGCCCCCGUCCCACCUGCUGUGCCUCUUCCUGCUGCUGAAUCUCUGCUGUCAGCACACAACUUCUUCAUGGCCUCACUCCCCAGAGAUGUAGACCCUCCUUUUGCAAAAUGUGGAAUACUGAAGAGAAUUGAGCUUCUGAGUCCCACAAGGAAGCCCAGUCCCACUAAUUCUGU